AUAAAUUUUGAAUUUAUAAAUAAAUUUUAACCAAACGUAAAAUUACAGAGUUAGAAUUUUAUUAUAUAGAGUGAGUUGAGCUAGAAUGAAAUUUAAGAAAAAAAUGGAAUUUUAAGAGGGAUUAAAAUACAAUUAAAAUCUUAGAAAGUUAAGGAGUGGCGUGGACUCCAGCCCCCACCUAUGUCGUUGUUUAUAUCUAAUGUUAUGUUUGAUUCUCAUCGUUUUUAAUUUAGUCCAAAAUGUAAGAUAAGAAUCUAAAAAUUAGGUCCAAUUUUCUCAAGGAAUCUUUCUUAAAUUCUUUUACCCCCAAAAUUAGUAAAUUCUUUUAUUAAUUUACAGAAAAAAAAAAAAAGGAAAACUUAAAUGUACCACAGGUCAAGAUUCUUAAAUAAUAAUAUUGUAAUGCAAAGGAAAUAAAAAGCAACUCACUUCCUUGAAAAACCAAAAAAGAAUUAUUCUUUCCCCGGAGGAAAUCCAAAAGAAAGCUCUCUUGAAAAAAAGUAUAAAAAGAGAUGUUAGAAAUCCUUAUCAUAUCUCCUUCAGGACUGAUCAGCAGCAUGAAAGAAACCCAGAGCAGAAAGGUUCCACCCAUGGAAACAACAGCUGCAGGCAUCAAAACCUCUUAUGAAGAUUUUGAACCAUAUUGCAAGUGGCAAACAGAGGAAGGAUGUGAUUCCCUUCAGCUCCAUCUUCAAGAUUACAAGAAAGAACAACUCAAGGUUCAGCUAAAGAGUGGCAUUUUAGUCAUCACUGGAGAACGUCCUAUAAAUAAUAAUCUCCUGAGUCGUUUCCGCAAAGAAAUUAAAGUUUCCAAGCAUUGCAAAACGUCUGAAAUUCGUGCCAAGUUCAGCAGCCGAGGAGUUCUUACUAUAUCACUUCCUAAGAUAACCCCAUCUAAAGAUUUAGGCAGCAAUGGAGAUAGCACCUCAUUCAAUGCAUGUUUGCCAUCGAUUUACCUUGUCGGCCGAGAAAGUUCAAGUUCCAGGCCCAGACUAUAUGCUAAGUUGGCUGGACAAGUUGCAGUGAUGGCACUGGCCAUGGCUUUUGGAGCAUUUGUUUACAAGUAUUGUUACUGCGUUCAUGUCCAGUGCUAAUUGUUUCGUAAUGUUGCUUCAAUAAUAUUGGAUUUCUAAAUAUGCAUGA